AAGAAGAUUGAAGACGAAGAAGAGAGGAGAAGCUGAGAGAGAGCGACGACGCAAAUUCAAAAUCAAGUCUCUUUCUUCUUCUUUCUUUCUGGGUUUUUCUGAAUGUAUCACCACGCUUUUUCCCUAAAAUUCCACUCCUUCUCUCCUCACUAUGCGUUAUCACUCUCCAAUUUCUCCACCCAAAGCCCUAAUCCUCUCCUCCCUAAUUUCCCGCCAUUCGCUAGAGUUCCGAAUGUGAGCAGCUCUGUUUUCCUCCGCUGCCGGAGCAGCGCCGCUGAUGUAUUUCCGGUUAGAUACGCCAAUGGCUCCUCCUCCAUCGGCUCUCUCGGGGAUACUGGAGGUAUCGUGGUGGCCGAGAAACCUAUCGAUGUCGCAACCUUGGGUAAUCUCUGCGUCGACAUUGUUCUCAGUGUUCACGAAUUGCCCCCUCCUUCUCGUGAAGAACGCAAGGCCCUCAUGGACGAACUCUCUCUUUCUCCCCCAGAUAAGAAAUACUGGGAAGCAGGUGGCAACUGUAACAUGGCUAUAGCUGCUGCUAGAUUGGGGCUUCAUUGUGUUGCUAUUGGUCAUGUGGGGGAUGAAAUCUACGGUGAGUUUCUUCUAGAUGUGCUUCAUGAGGAAGGAAUAGGGACGGUUGCAUUGGAUAGAGGAACAAAUGCCAAAGAUACCAGCUCAUUCUGUGAAACUCUCAUUUGCUGGGUUCUUGUGGAUCCUUUGCAGAGGCAUGGGUUUUGUAGUCGAGCUGAUUUCAAGGAGGAACCUGCUUUCAGUUGGAUCACUGACCUAUCUGAUGAAGUAAAGAUGGCAAUCAGACAGUCAAAAGUUCUUUUCUGCAAUGGUUAUGACUUUGACGAUUUCAGCCCUAGUUUUAUAAUGUCAACAAUAGAUUACGCUUCCAAAGUUGGGACAGCUAUCUUCUUCGAUCCUGGACCACGGGGAAAGAGUCUUUCCAAGGGAACUCCUGAUGAGCGUCGAGCACUUUCUCACUUCUUAAGAAUGAGUGAUGUUCUUCUUCUAACAUCUGAGGAGGCGGAGGCUCUAACUGGCAUCAGGAACCCUGUAAAAGCAGGACAAGAAAUUCUGAGGAAUGGAAAGGGAACGAAAUGGGUGAUUGUAAAGAUGGGCGCAAAGGGUUCAAUUCUAGUGACGAAAUCUAGUGUCUCAGUGGCACCUGCGUUUAAGGUGGAAGUGGUUGACACUGUUGGAUGUGGAGACAGUUUUGUUGCAGCAAUUGCAUUAGGUUAUAUACGAAACAUGCCGCUUGUUAAUACCUUAACAAUUGCAAAUGCGGUUGGAGCAGCAACUGCAAUGGGUUGUGGAGCAGGUAGAAAUGUUGCAAAAAGGCAUCAAGUGGUGGAUCUGAUGAAGGCCUCGAAGCUGAAUGAUGAAGAGAUGUUUUUCGAACAACUCCUGGCUGAAAAUUCAGAAUCUCCUAGAAUCAAUCUGCUCUCGAAAGGGAUGAUAAAGGAUGGGAGCAACAAGCAGCAGAUAGAAACAAUCUCUAUGGAAAAAGUGGUUUCUGAAUUGCUUGCAGAGCUUGAACGUGGGAGGUGUUGUGUGAAGGCUUCAUCUUGAUUCAUUUGAAACAAAAUCGCCUGACACAUAAAUUUUCUUUGGCGGCGUGAUUUUGAUGGCUCUCAAGGAUUUGCAUAGAGACUUGUAAACCAGAAGAUAAACCAGGGUAAUGAUGAAGAUUUUUGUUUCAGCAGACUCUUAUUAGUGGAUGAAGAAAUAUCAGGUAAAUGAUUGGUUGGCAAUAUUUUUUUCUUUGGGAGAUACGAAAGAGAAGGUGAUUUUACAAUAUUAGUGAUAAUAGGGGGUUCACAUAAAGAGAAGUUUGGUACUAGUAUUUUCUGUUUGUCUUGUUGUUGUUUAAAGUCGUUAAAAUGCGAAUUUUUGGUCGGGA